UUAUACCAAUUUCAGUGACCGUGUACUCCGUAAUAAGUGGAAAGAUGGAAGUGCAAUUGCCUAUUUCGCUACCAGGAUCAAACUUGAAAGAGAAACAUCAUCAUUUGAACUCCUUGGUCAAUGAGGCAUAUAAGAAAAAUAUCUCAUUCCAGGACAUAUGUCUCCAACAAGAAUCUUCACCUAUCGAUAGAAUUUUUAAAAUAGAUCUCGCUUCCAAGUAUAGAAAUGUUGAAUACAUAAUAGACAAUCUCAAAAAUGAUGACAUGUUGUAUGUAAGCAGGGCACUAAAAUGCCACUGGAUAUUAGAAUCUCAAUAUGGUGACAUAAUAAACCCAGUACAUCUAGAAAACACUUUAUAUCCAGCAAUGAUCCAACCAGCUGUAAAUAAAAUGAAGCAUGCUAUACAGCUACAUCUUAAAGAUAAAAAAAGAUGUGAAGACUUCUACAAUUACUACAAAGCUAACUGGGAUGAGGCAUUCAAUUUUUUCUGGCACUGCUCCAAUGAAUUUAUUACUAGUGAAUUUCCCAAUAUAAUUGAUAAAUUCUCUCACAAACAGUUAAAAAUAGUUUUCGAAGUCUAUCCUGCGAUAUGCAAACUAUAUUUUGAAAUUUUACCAAACAACAAAACAGCACUCGAAAAAUAUGUAAACAAUGCACAAAAAUACUUCAAUUGUAUUAAAAGUGUAUUAAAAUACGAUGGCAAUCUGUUUUUGGACAUCGUUGAAAAAUAUUAUGAUACAAGCUCAUUUAUAGCUUUCGGUCCAUCUAUAACUGAGUAUAUAAUGAAAAAUUAUAGAAAUAGAUUUGAAGCUAAGAGUGAAUUAUAUGCAAAUUCUAUUCUUCACAUGAAAACUCUGGCAGCUAACAUGACGAGUGACCAAGCUAAAGAAUUUAUACUGAAACUUGCAAGAGCAGAAUAUUUGAACUACUGGUUUACGUACAAAACAGUUGAACCGUUAAUAAAGCGAUUAAAAAUAGAAGAAAGAUCAGCUUUUAAAAAGAAAAUCUUUGUUGAUAAAACAAUCGAUUGUAAAGUCAAAGACUGGCCUUAUCCAACACCUAAAGCUUUAGUACUAGAAGCUGAGGAGGUGGCAUAUGCCAAUGCAUUUACAGACAUACAACAUGAGCCAUACGAAUAUGAGUAUCACCCAUAUCAAGCCUGUGGGAUGCGUAGUAGGAUGAAGUGUGCUAGGUAUCAAAGUUGCUAUGCAGAUGAUUGUUGUGAAGUUUUACCUGGGGGAAAAUCUCCUCUGGAUCAGUUGUUCAACCGAUAUCGUUUCAUAGGUUUUGAGCAAACUUUUUAUGAGCUAAGCAAAAACUUGCUAGCAGAAAGUACAAUCCAAGGUCGUCUCAAUAUGAUGCUAGUCCUUAUCAGCAAAAGUGGGGGUGUUCCAAGCCAAGUAGAAAAAUUUAUGAAGCUCAUGGUGGAAAGACAUAGAAAUGAACCGACAACUCUUCGAGCGGCUGUUGUUAGGUCUCUUGUAAAACGCGGGUCUGCUUGGCGAUUGCCUGAAAAUGUCUGGUCAUUAAUACUACAAUUUGGGGUAGACGUAGGUUUGGAUGGAGCUGACACCGAUCCAGUUUGCCGUGAAGGUCUUCACACAGUGAUCUUACGCCACAUUUUGGCUGAUACGCCAGUAUCACCUACUUUACUGUCAGGCUUUCUUCGCCAAUUUUCAACAUUGUCUGAAUACAAACUUAAUAUUGAAGAGAAAAAACUAGUAGCCAAACGUCUACCCCAGCUUAUAUUAUCUUCAGAUGCAAAUGCAUUCUUGGACACGCUUGUCGAGUAUAAGGUCAAUAUAAAAGAUGUACCAAAUGCUGAAGAUGCUCUUCUUAAAGCAGCAAAAACAAAUCCAGGAUUAGUAGCUAGGCUAUACGGAGCUAAAAUAUUACGUCGUGAACUCUUCCACAAAACUUUUGCUCUGAAACAGAAUAAUGCUGCGUAUAUUAACGCAUUGCGACACGAUUUAACUCCAUUGCAAAAUGGGAAGAGUUUUGCUGAAUUGCUCAAAAAAGAAUGUCCAAAUCACGACCGAUUUCUCAAAACUCUCCAUAUAUAUUUUGGUGAACCAGAUGGUUUAGCAGAGAAACACAGGAUUGCUUUAGAAGAUGCAUUUUUGUCAACCCCAAAACAUGGGUUUGCGCGUUCUUUAUCCACUCUUUUAACUAAUAAAGAAUUGUUACAACGUAUUUUCGAAUUCGAAGCAGAAAGACCUCAAUCAAAGUCGCAACUUCUGAUGUCUACAGGACUUAGAGCUAAUGCUCAUAUGAGCAAACCAGCAGUAGAUGUUGAUGCCUUAGACUGGAAGUGGAUUGGAGCAAAGCCGGUUGCCAAUAAAACUUUGACUUGCAGAAAAAAUGAUCGGGAACGAUAUAUAAGGAAGCUUUUAGAAUGGCGUCGCACGGCAAGAAUAGCAGUCCGUCUUUCUGAUAAAACUCCUUCGUCUGUUGACACUUUUAUUGCUUUCUGUACAUUGCGACCUUUAGCAGCUGCAAAAGUAGGCUUCUCAUUAUAUUUAGCAAAAGACAACAUCGAACCUCGUAUUUGGGAUGCUAUGAAAUCUAUAAUUCUAAACAAAGACAUAUCUCAAAAGAAGAGAUUUUUGAAGAAAUUAUCUGAUCCCAAUUCGAUUUCCAAAAAUGUUGAAGCCGAUUACUGGGUACAAGUUUUUAACAUAUUCGCCAAAAUCGAUUAUAAACAAGCUAUGCCUAUGCUUUGUCGAUUGGAAAACCUUAUGUACAAUGUAGAUCAAAAUUUCGUUAGAGCUGUGGUCAUAAAAUUCAUUGAAGCCGGCGAAUUUGAUUCAACCAAUACAAAAUGUUUGUAUGUUAGAGUCAUCGCCAAACACCUCCUUUUGUGUAAAACUGAAGACGAACAAAAAGAAGCAAUCGAAAAAGUUUGCGAACCCUUUUUCGAUGCCAUAGAAGUUUUAUUAAAAACUCCUGAAACGAAAAAACAUUUGAUCAAACUGCUACAGGAUCUCGUAUUCGCUUUGAAAUACAGCAAAGUGUUUCUUUCUGAUCAAUACGUGAAUUGUAUGCCAGUGUUUGAAGUAAUACUCAAAAGGAUGCACAAACUUUUACCUAUAGAAGAGUAUUUUGCUAAAUACGUAGAGAUACAUCUAACUAUGCUCUAUUAUAAGACAAUUAAUCAAGCUAAGAAACACAAACCUGGUAUUUUCGAUGAUGUCAAAAAACGAAAGGAAGCUAUAGAGAUAGUUGGUAGAAUUUUCGGAAAUUACAUAGGUCACGAAAUUAAGGAACUUGUUAACAAAUACUUCAAGUCUGUGGUGGACUUGUAUAAAGUUCCGUUAAAGGAAUAUCUGCGUGAAUAUUUCCAUUUCGAUGAAAGCAGGAAUGUUUUAGUUACCUUUGUGGUGAAAGGCCUUCUGGAAGUUGGUACGACGGAAGCGUUUAUUUUGGCGGAAUAUGUUUUCGAAAAGGAACAAGAAUACAACAUUUCUGAACCACAUUGUGAAGAGAUUUUGAAAAUUUUGAAGGAUUGCAAAGAUGAGGAAGUUAAAGUAUUUCUAUAUGCUGAUGUUAUUGCAGUGCCUUGCAAUUAAUAUUAAUGCAACCUUGCCUUAAUGACUAGAAAUAUUAUUUUAAAGUCGCAUUUAACUGCAUUUUAAGCUGGGUCUCCAUGUGCUCCACAUUUUUAAUUAAGCUUAUUCAAGUUAAUUCAUAGUGUAAACGUCAGCGAUGCUGUAGGUGUUAUACCUAUUAUCUAUAUAUCUCUAUAUUAUCUAUAUUAUGAUUUCACUUCUAGUGCCUAUUUGGCAUUCAUAAAACAAUUAUUUUAUUUUUAUAUUCGGCAAUCGGAACAUGUUCGUUUACGUGGAAACAGCUUUACAGUUAUACCCGGCAGGAAAUAUUGCACAUCAAACUUUAGAAAGAGAUAGUGGUUUCGUAGAGCAUUGUCUCUGUCGUAGAUACCGACAAAACGUCACAUAUGCAUAGACAUAACUGACAGAGACGAUGUUCCGCGAUGCCGAAAUCUCUUUCUAAGUUCAAUAUGCGUAAUUUCCUGCCGGUUACUGUAGCCUGAGAUGGUUUCCAUUGAAGCGGUACAGUGCAAAAACAUUUUUAAUUGGCCCAUAUGAUUCUGAUUGGUCGAAUAAACUCAGCUCAGUGGAAACGCACCUUAAAACAGUCUAGUUUUUUGAGUAUUAUUUUAUUUUGUAAUGAUGUAUUUUUAUAAGGUUUUUUUUUAACGAAAUAACUACCUAUGAAUAUUUUUUUUAUAUUGUUAUAUCUAGUAUUAUAGCUUUAUAACUAACUUAUAUAAAUUACUUACUGAAGUCAUUGUUAUAUGUAUAUCUACAAAGUGAACUAGAGUGAGGGAACUUCGGUUUGAUCCUGAUUCGACGGCUAUUAGGCUAUAGGUGAAAUAGAAGAAAAGUAGGCUACCUAGCGUCAAAA